UUCCACCUGCGUGUCCCAUCAAUAAUUUUCUCUCUUAUUUCAAGGACUACGAACUCGAGCACAGCUUCAACAAGAGGCUCAGCUGUCUCGUGGGAGUCACCGUGGUCUCCUUCAUAAUUGGUGUCGCUGCCCUCUCGAUCUCCGUCCUGCUGCUUCUCCAGAGCAAGAUUCCCAGCGGCAGCGAUCAGGAUGCUCUCGCCAGCAUGCAACAACGCAUCGAGUACCUGGAGCGUCAAGUUCCCUCUCUGGUCCCGACGGCGCCCCACGGCAGCCCCGCGCACAACGGUCCCACGGUCCCCGACUUCCCUCGCAACGAGGCACCUGUGACCGAGGACAGCGAACCUAACGAUAAGAGCGUUGAAGACCACCAACCCUCCGUUGAAGACGUCGAUGAAUACAACACUCCCGUUGAACACGUGGUUGAAGUUGAACAGAAAGAUCCACAGACUCCUGUCCCAGAAAAGGAACCGGAGGACUUCCCCGUUCCUUCCGAUCCCGAUCUUUCUGUGGGGUACGACGACGACGAGGACCACGGAGAGGGAUCAGGGGACGACGAGUGCCAGGUGCUCUCUCGGCCCGUGUGCCCCGUCGGCUACAGAAUUUGCCAGACCACACACAGAUGCCCCAGGCCAGUGUGUUGCAAGUGAAAGCACUGCGCAUGUGUUCGCGCCUCACACGAAAGUAGAGCAGGCGAGGAGAAAAAGAGUCGCUUAAGAAUUUAGGUUCAUUCUAUUGGCUCAUUUAUAGCUAUGAGUUCGUGAGAGGCAUUCGAGUUCCAGAAAUCAUUAUAAUCGAGUUCGACGGAGAAGCUUGCUAGCCACUUGGCACUUUUAGCUUGGUCCACUUGUGAAAUCAGUGUUGUAUUUGAGAUCAUGGUGAUGUACGCUUAAUUCUCGCCCGUCAAGGCCUUUGUCUCUGAUGAUUUAACAUACUAAAUGACACGAAAGUCUCUUGCCUACUCCAGCACAGAAAUCCUUGCUAUAAUCACCUUUAUGUUACACGUAUGAAGUAGUGUGUUAUGAUAAUUCAGCAUCAACCUUCAGUACUGUUCAGUUCCGGACAGUUAGUAUCACACAUCGCAAUACUCUUAGGAAAAAUGACGAAAGAAAACGAAACGAACAAAAUUGAGGAAAUUAAACAAUAUGUCAUUCUUACAACUCUUUUAAGCUCAGCAUUGGAUGAAUGGCAUCUAUUCAUUCAUUAUUCGAGUGAGUAUUGCGAUUAUUGCCACUAACUAUAAACAGGAUUCGGUAAAUAGUUUUAAGGAUAAAUACGUUAGAUAUAGCCAAGUCAUGUGGAUAUUUCAAAGAGCGUUUAUGUGCGUAACUAGUGAUUCUCUUCAGUUCCAUUUUCAUAUAUUAUAAUUAGAUUUUAAAAAUCAUAUGUAUGUCUAUAUGAACUACGUCUCAAUGUGUGGUUUGUUUCCCAGCUAUCAUUGUAAUCUUUGUAAUAAAUCUAUGAUAUAA